AUGGGUACAGGAAAUGAUUCUUUGGUAACAGAAUUCAUCCUUGAAGGCUUAACAGACAAGCCAGGUCUCCAGCUCCCCCUGUUUUUUCUUUUUCUAUUCAUCUACAUGACCUCCAUGGUGGGAAACAUGGGCUUAAUCCUUUUAAUCAGGAUCAGCCCUCAGCUCCACACGCCUAUGUAUUACUUUCUCAGUAACUUAUCCUUCAUAGAUCUCUGCUACUCCUCUGUCAUAAUUCCCAAGAUGCUGGUAAACUUCGUGUCUGAGAAAAAUUUUACUCCUUUUCCUGAGUGCGUGACCCAACUCUUUUUCUUCUGCUUCUUUGGUAUCGAUGACUCCUACAUGCUGACAGCUAUGGCUUAUGACCGUUAUGCUGCUAUCUGUAACCCUUUGCUCUAUAAUGUCACCAUGUCCCCCAGAGUCUGUUUAAUAUUGGUUACAACUGUGUAUAUAGUGGGGGCAUUUGGUGCCUCAGUUCAUACCAGCUACAUAUCUAGUCGGUCCUUCUGUGGAACUCAAGUCAUCCAUCAUUAUUUCUGUGACAUCCUUCCACUUCUGAACAUAUCUUGUGCUAGAGAUUACACCAAGGAGCUUAUGGUGAUGAUUUUGGUUUCAUUCAAUGUAUUUGCAUGUGCAAUAGCCAUCUUCAUCUCUUAUGCCUUCAUUCUUUCCAGCAUCUUGCACAUCCACUCUGCUGAAGGCAGGUCCAAAGCUGUCAGUACCUGCAGCUCCCAUCUUGUAGCUGUUGGAGUUUUCUAUGGCUCCAUCAUCUUCAUGUAUUUUAAACCAUCUACUAGUGAUACCACACAGGAGAAGAUGGCCUCUGUGUUUUAUACUACAGUGAUUCCCAUGCUUAAUCCUCUCAUCUAUAGCCUUAGAAACAAGGAUGUCAAAGACUCUAUAAAGAAAGCUCUGAAUGGUAGGAUACUUUCCAAGUCUGUGUAA